AUGGGCAUGGAGAAAGUGUGGAAAGAUACAAACCAGACCAUAGAAAUUUUUUUCUUUCCUCUAGAUGGCAAGUGCGUCUUUCCAUUCUACUACAGAGAUGGACUGUUCCAUGACUGCGUCAAGUUCAAGGCAAAACACAAGUGGUGCUCUUUGAAUGGAACUUAUCGAGGAUAUUGGAAGUACUGUUCUGAAGAAGACUUCGCCAGAUGUGUGUUUCCCUUCUGGUACAGACACCUGAUAUACUGGGAAUGUACCAGCGACGGAGAUGCAUUUGGGAAAACAUGGUGUUCGCUGACCCAGAAUUAUAACAAGGACAAGGUUUGGAAAUACUGUGAUUAAGGGUGAGAUCUGGUGGUGGGACGAUGAAGAGGUUGACGUGUUCUCACGGCAAAGGAGCUACCGUUUUGGUUGCCAGAGGAGGAGGUGAGACCCUCAUGAAAAGGGUUUUUCCUGAGAUGCGAGUGGAAGGUGAUCUGACUGUAAAUCAGUUGGGGGUUGGGUAAGGGACUAGGACAGUUCGCUAUGGAAACCUGUAUUUUAGCCUUGGCCCUUUUACUUGCUAACUGUGUCCCAUUAGGUGCCUAAAGAAAUGUAUGGAUUCUGGUGACAAAGAUGUGUCAACGCAGGUUCAGCGAGCGUAAUGAACUUUGGUCACGGGGGAGGCUGUGCGUGUGUUGGGGCACAGGUGGCCUGGGAAAUCUCUGUAUCUUCUGCUCGAUGUUGCUGUGAAACGCCAACUGCUCUGGAAAAU